AAGGAAGCUGCUAGGGUACCUCAUUUUUGGGCAAAGCGCCAUCAUAUGAGUACGUGCGAGGUUACUCACGCUCAUUUACUAUCAUUUUAGCUCCUUGUCAGCGGUAUAGCUUCAAGAGUGCUUCCUCAUGGCUAUUGUAGUAGCAGAAUAAAACAAAUUGAUCAUUAACAGCACGGAUGAAAAAACACACAAUGGCGCACUCUGAAGUUGGGACUGCGACAAGUAGCGAAGAGGAGCAGAAAGAACAAAAGCUUAUUGAUGUUAUGUUUCUCUGUGACGAAUGGAAAUCUUCGAAAGGUGGAUUAUCAACUUUCAAUCGAGAAUUUGCUAUUAAUUUGGCACAAGCGACGACUGGUAGUAUGAAAAUUCACUGCUAUGUUUCUAAUAGCGAUGAUCGGGACAGAGAAGAAGCUAAACAACAUGGUGUUAAUUUAAUCACAGCUCGGAAUGUUCCUGGUUCAGCCGAUCCCCUCGAGUGCUUGAAGUUUUCACCCUCAGAGCUCCCAAACCCACAUCUGGUGAUAGGCCAUGGAAGAAAGCUGGGUAUUCCAGCGUAUUCUCUUGUUCAGAAUACAAAGUGUAAAUGGAUCCAAUUUGUACACGUCUACUGUGAGAACCUUGGGAAAUAUAAAGAAUCUUCCACGGCUGCAGAAGAUACAAUCGAAGAGAACGAGAGGAAGCACAAGAUGGAAAUUGAGUUGUGUAAAGCAGCGGAUGCAGUUGUAGCUGUUGGCUCACGUCUGCAACAGUUGUACAGUAGAAGUCUUGUUAGUGUUAAAGUGGAGCUUAUUACUCCUGGGAUCUUUGAAAAGUUUUCAAAUAAAUCACAGUUGGCUGUAGACAGAUCAGUAGUCAAGAACUUCAAUGUGUUUAUGUUUGGCCGAGCAACCUUUGAGGAUCUUUCCCUGAAAGGCUACGAUAUAAUUGCAAAUGCCAUUGGUUCUCUUGGUAGGAAGUUCAAACUGACUUUUGUAGGUUCAUCUCCUGGUGAGCACCAAAAAGUGGAACAGUGGUUUCUUGAAAAAACCAGCAUAAAGCGCUACCAACUAACCAUUCGUAGUUACUGCAGCCAACAAGAGGAACUUAAGAUGAUGUUCUAUCAGUCAGAUUUGGUUUCCCUGCCUUCCCGUACUGAGGGCUUUGGGUUGGUGGCCCUGGAGGCCAUAUCUGCCGGUGUUCCUGUUCUUAUGUCUGGCGAAUCGGGAAUAGCUGAGGCUUUGCAUAAAGUAGAAGAUGGACAGUCUGUAGUUAUUGAAUCAGAUGAUGAUGCAGCUCAAUGGGCGCAAAGGAUUCAAGAGUUGUCCAAUCAAAGUCCAGAGGAGCGACUAACCAAUGCAAUGAAGCUUCGAGAGAACUACAGCAAGGUUUACUCUUGGAGUGGAGAAUGUGAGAGAUUUAAAGAAAUGAUCAAGAACAUAGUCAAAACUUCAAAUGAUGCAAAAUUAAAUAUCAAUGUUGAUGUGAAAAACCUGAAAACUUCAGAUCCAGACAUGCACAGCACAGUUUCAGAGCCUGCUUUACAUCAGAGGGCAACCACAGAGUCAGGCACAUGUAGGAAAAGAAGAUCUGAUACAGAAAUAGAUGAUCUCCCAGCGCUUAAAGAGAAAGCCUUGUGUUUAAUUGCUAUAAACUACCUUCAGACUACACCACCACAGUCAAGAGAUGAACGUAAUGAAUUUAAAGAAUACUUGAAAGAAAUGGGGUUUGUCAUCACAGGUGCUUCUAUGGGAAGCUUGGUGAUAAGAGUGGAGUGUGAUUCUUCUCAGAGCUUGGAGAAAUUGUGGGAAGAUUACCUAUGCAACCGUUUGGACAAGAUGGUUCAGGAUUGUUUUGUCACUGAGAAGAUCUUGAAGGAACUGAACCUAACUGAGCUGAAGCUGAAAACAACAAUGGAUGAGGAAGAGUACAAUGCAUGCAGAGCACAUUUUAAAAAGGAUGCACCCAGAGCUGUUCCUUCCUCUUUAUUUUCCACCACUAAUCCUGGAGAGGAAGCUGCAGUCUCUCAGCCCCACUUGAUAAGGUCCACCACAGGAGGUUGGCAAAAACAAGAAGAGCUUAAGAGAUGGGAGCAGAAUAUAGAGACUGUGCAGCCAGAGAAUUUUAAAGAUACUCUGUACCCUGCUGCAUUGUCCACCUCUGGUUCUAAAAGAAAACAAGAACUUUUUAAAUCAAUGAAACAGCAAGAAGAAAGAGUAUAUGGAGAAUAUCAGAUUUUACUUCUUUGGGAAGAAGGUACCUAACCUCUAUGGUAUUUUCCACCACUGAUCUCAACGAUGAGAAAGAAGGUGUAGUUUAUCGAAACAAGGAAUCAAGCUCUUGUCCAAGACAAUAACGUAUAGAAAUUGCAAGAAAUUAACCAGACCUAAUGUCAGUGGCAAUCACGCACGUUUGUGAAGCCCUAACUAGCGGUAACUGCGAGUUAACCAGGCUGGAUUUGUGUCAGUUCUCUUGGAAAUGAAGGGAUGAAACUCUUGUCUGAAGCAAUAACCUCGGUUAAUUGCAAUUAACGUUGUUAGACGUCAGUCGGAAUAACAGAGGAAACGAUGGAAUAAAGCUGAGCACUUGUGUACAGCAUUCACCAGCAGUGCAUUCAAGUUGUCUGGCCUAAACGCCAGACAUAAUCGUGCUGACGAUAAAGGAAUAAAUUACUUAUGUCAUGCUCUGACUGAUACCAACUGCAAACUAGGCAUUUUAGACCUUAGAAGCAAUUCAAGUGUAACUGUUCAAGGAAGGAAGUAUUUGUGUCAUGCCUAGACCGACAGUGAUUGGAAAAUGGAAGGCCUUAAGCUUUUCCGUUGAACUACAAAGAACUCAGCCCAGUCGCAUUUCGCUUGUAUUAUAAGAUGUUUUACUUGCAGGAGACUGAGAUGUUCUUAGUUCUCUUUAGAGUGGUAUAGGUACGGGAUCGUCCAAUUGUUUGUCUUACUAUUUUGACUUUGGUUAUCGAAAGGAAUGGUUUUAUUGACUGGCUUCGUGGCAGUCAAAACGUCGCGAACAGCAAUUGUUACAGUCUCCUUCGUAGCCAUUCUUCAGGACGUCUUGCAAGGCUCUCCUCAUCCCAAAGAACGGCUGCGCCGGAGAUUACGAUCAUUAGUGAAUUUAGACCAUCAGAAAAACCAUUAAUUGUUCAUUCAAUCAGAUACAAUCAAUUUUUUGCAAUAUGGAAAUAGAGCGCAUUGCGAUGAAGUGUCGUAAUAACAACACCAAAGUAAUUACAACAACCAAACUGAACAAAGGAAAAUAUCGUAUAGAGUCAACAAGGAACCACACUAAACUACUAUUUAUUUUAUCACCAAAAGAAAACUGUGUAAAGAUAAAAAAUCAGUAUCAAUAAGCUAUCAGUAAAGUAGCAAAAGAAUUUAUUUUAUGAUUCUGGUCCCAGCUUCUGAUGAAUAUGCCAAGAGAAAAAAGUUUUGUAAAGCAGUAGAAAGAAUUGUCACGAAGGGAUAAGCCCCGUUGAAAUUGGUUUUUUAGCUUUAGAUGAGUUCGCUUACAACUAAUGCUAGAUCGCCAACGACCUUGAUAAGUUCCCUGGCAACUUGGGCAAGGUCAGCUACAAUCUCAGUCAGUAGGCUGUCAACCAAGGCCAGUUCACCAACAAUCCAAGCGUGUUGGCCUUCAACGUAUCAAGGAAACUCGCUCAACAUUGAUAACAAUAGGCUUUGUUAUAAUGACCCUAGAAGGCCAUUUUUGAACAAUGGCGCAACAGCUUCAGAACACAUGAGGGAUUUCGAAGUUUCCUAUUAGCAUACGAGCGGGAAAUUUAAACGCUCAGAAGGGCUGAAGGAAAGACAGCGAAAAGAACAUUUGAGGGGGGAAAAUUGGAGGGAGAAACUUUCACUUUCUCGCUCGACGGACUAUCGAAUCACGACUUCGCCGCGCCCAGAUUUAUCUUUCACAGUAUGAGAGCAGUUCAAAUCUCGCGCGCUACGCAAGUUAGACUUGAUUCUUUGUGUACAUAAUAGUUAAUAGUAACAGGACUAAGUGGAGUCCAAUUCGGUCUGUAAUUAUACGAGUGAUAACAAAAUCGGAUGACCGCGCAGCGGAAAUCCGAUCUGUGUAUCACGAGCAUGAUAACAAACUGUCUGAUAAAGAAAAAAGUACGCAGAGAGAGGUUUAAAUACACCGAUAAUUUUUCCGAUUAGUCAUGAACUCUUUCGCGUCGCUUCGGCCAAAGUCCUUCAGCGCUACAAAUAACAAAAGGACUAAUGUUUAAUACUUAAUGUAAGAAUUGAGCCGGAACAAUAGACCAUUUCUUGACCAUUUCUUCCCAAUUAUAAGCCAGUUUGCUGACAACUUAGGCAAGUUUGCCGACAACCUAAGCCAGUUUGCCCACAACCCAGGCAAGUUUGCUUACACUUAAGCCUGUUUGCAGACAACCUUGGCCAGUUGCCCACAACCUAAGCCAGUUCACUAACAAUCCAAGCCAGUUCACUAACAACUCAAGCCAGUUCACUAACAAUCCAAGCCAGUUCACCAAUAAUCCAAGCCAGUUCACUAACAAUCCAAGCCAGUUCACUAACAAUCCAAGCCAGAUCACCAACAAUCCAAGCCAGUUCACUAACAAUCCAAGCCAGAUCACCAACAAUCCAAGCCAGUUCACUAACAAUCCAAGCCAGUUCACCAACAACCCAAGCCAGUUCACUAACAAUCCAGGUCAGUUGACGUUUAACUUAGGCCCGCUCGCCGACAACUUAGGCCAGCUUGCCGACAACUUAGGCCUGUUCGUCGUCAAAUUAGGCCAGUUCGCCGACAACUUAGGGAUGUUUGCCGAAAACUUAGGACUGUUUGUCGACAACCUUGGCCAGAUUGUCGACAAGCUAGGCCAGU